UUUUCACUACUAUCAUCCUCGUCCAAAACCAGCCUUCAGCCCCCCUUAAGAAGUUUCCCACAAAUAUGGCCACCUCUGCUAUCCAACAAUCCGCCUUUGCAGGCCAGACUGCCUUGAAGCAAUCCAAUGAGCUUGUCCGGAAGGUCGGCGCUUUCGGUGGCAGCCGCUUCACCAUGCGGCGGACAGUUAAGAGUGCUCCACAGAGCAUAUGGUAUGGGGCAGAUCGCCCAAAAUACUUGGGACCAUUCUCUGAACAAACACCAUCUUACCUGACUGGAGAGUUCCCUGGUGACUAUGGAUGGGACACAGCCGGUCUGUCAGCCGAUCCCGAAACAUUUGCGAAGAACCGUGAGCUCGAGGUGAUCCACUCCCGAUGGGCCAUGCUUGGUGCAUUAGGUUGUGUCUUCCCUGAAAUCCUUGCAAAGAAUGGUGUCAAGUUUGGUGAAUCAGUUUGGUUCAAGGCUGGUUCUCAGAUCUUCUCUGAGGGUGGUCUAGAUUACCUCGGCAACCCAAACCUCAUCCAUGCUCAGAGUAUUCUUGCAAUCUGGGCAUGCCAGGUUGUGCUCAUGGGCUUUGUUGAAGGAUACCGGGUUGGUGGCGGUCCCCUUGGUGAAGGACUAGACCCAAUUUACCCAGGAGGCGCCUUCGACCCGCUCGGAUUGGCAGAUGAUCCAGAUGCAUUUGCUGAGUUGAAGGUGAAGGAACUAAAGAAUGGAAGGCUGGCAAUGUUCUCCAUGUUCGGAUUCUUCGUCCAGGCUAUUGUCACCGGAAAGGGUCCUGUUGAGAAUCUCUUUGACCAUGUUGCAGAUCCUGUUGCCAACAAUGCAUGGGCUUACGCCACCAACUUCGUCCCCGGAAAAUGAAGAAACAUGUCGUAAAAAACUCUGUUUUACCAUGCUCAAAAUUCUUAUGUUUCCUGAAAAUCUUAUGCUGUGGACUCCAUUAGUGCUGAUGUAAUUUCUCUAGUAGAAACAUCCAUUGAAGUUCAAAGUUCUCUGUGCUAUGUCUUCUUUUCACAUAUAGAAUUUCAGCAUGCAUCUUGG